AUGAUAGAAAAACAGAAGAUAUAUAAUAUCAAAAACAGGCAAUAUUUAACGGUUGUGUAUGCUUUGUAUAAAUUAACAUUCUCGAUAUUGAAAAAUCUUGCCAUCGUUUCAUCGUAUUUAUGCACAAGUAAUCAGGCUCUGCGCAAUAUGCAUCGUUUCACGAAACUUCUGCUUCUUGUUGGAAUAGUAUUGGGCUGUUCUAUUCAUGUUCAAAGUUUGUCAUUGGCAAAAAUGAAGAGCGAGACAAACGCACGGCAAAAUCAGAAGGAUAUACCAAUUAUUGAAGUGCCGGACUUCGUCAACGCAGAUCCUAAAUACCGUAUUGAUUGUUCGCCAGAAAAUGAUGAGCAUCGAACUUUUUGCCAAAUUAAUCUUACAAAAAACCGUACGUCAAACUUAAGCGAGUCAUUAUGUACUGCUCGUGGAUGUGUCUGGGAUACGAAUAGCCAAGCAGACAAAUCAACAUGUUACAUACCGAAAGAGAAAGGUGGCUACGAACUUAAACAAGGACCUGAUCAAAUUUCAAAUGCUAUGACAGUGUAUAGUUUAGGACGACUAUCUUCACAAUCAUCACGCUUUUCCAUGUUUAAUCAUGACAUAGAAAAUCUAAAAGUCCAGGUUAGUAUCUCUGGUCCUGACAUGGUUCGUAUGACUAUUCGAGAUGAAAAUGCUGACCGAUACGAGGUUCCUGUUCCUCUCCAAUGGACACCGUCAGUUCCACCAACAUCUGCUCCACCUAAAAUUCAGUUUCAAAUGACAAAAACGACCAACAAACAAAUAGGUUUUCGAAUUCUGCGCACAGAUGAUACACAAUCUCUCCUAUUCGAUACAACAUUCUUUGCUAAUGGCUUCAUAUAUGAUGAUCAAUUCUUGCAAAUAAUAACUACCAUUCCAUCAAGAAAUAUCUACGGUUUUGGUGAGAAUACGCACGCUUCUUUUCGACACAAUUUGAAAGAUUCGAAACGCUAUGGAAUUUUCGCUCGAGAUCAAUGGCCAACAGGAGAAAACGAAAAUUUGUAUGGUACACAUCCAUUCUACAUGGUUAUCGAACCCAACGGACAAGCAUAUGGUGUAUUCAUUUUUAAUUCCAACGCGCAAGAUUACAAAUUCGACGAAUUUGAUAAUGAUCAAGCAACGCUGACUUAUCGCACAAUUGGAGGUAUUUUCGAUAUUUUCGUCUUCGCUGGAACUACUCCUGAACAAGUCAUUCGACAAUAUCAAUCAGUGAUUGGUAAACCAUAUUUUCCUCCCUAUUGGGGAUUCGGAUUUCAACUCUGCCGAUAUGGUUAUAAUUCACUUGAUAAUAUGAAGGCAGCGAUGUAUCGAACACUCAACGCCAGUAUUCCUAUUGAUGUACACUAUGGUGAUAUUGAUUACUUUCAUAAUCGACUUGAUUUUACUUGGAAUCCAGUUGAUUUCCAGGGCAUCCCAGAAUAUAUCGAUUGGUUACACUCAAAUGACAUGAAGUUCAUCACUAUGAUUGAUCCUGCGAUUGAUUCCGAAGCGCCCAACUAUCCAGCUUUCGUAGAAGGCCAAAAGGCUGACGUUUGGAUCAAAUGGCCUGAACGUCGAAAUUUACAAUUUAAUGAAACAGGUAAUCGUAAUAUUCUCGGAUACGUAUGGCCUGAUGGUAAAACAGCAUUUCCUGAUUAUUUCUAUCCAUCGACUAACGAAUGGUGGAGAACACAAGUCCUUGAGUAUCGCAAGAAAAUAAAAUUUGACGGUAUUUGGAUUGACAUGAACGAGCCAGCUAAUUUCGAUACUAACAGAAUCAAACCAUGGAAUUGGAAUCGAACAGAAGUAUGGAAUCUGAAAUGUCCAGUUGAAGAUGAGAUUCUAGAUAAUCCACCCUAUAAAACAGCUAUAUGUGGUGAUUAUAUUUCCGACAAGACUCUAUGUAUGAUCUCUGAACAAAGGGACGGUCGUGGAAAAACGUACAAUCAUUAUGAUAUACAUAAUCUAUAUGGUUGGUCAGAAACAGUAGCAACACUACCAGUUGCUCGUGCUCUCGAGAACAGACGAUCAAUUGUUAUCAGUCGAUCAACAUUUCCCUCAUCAGGCGCAAUUAGUGGUCACUGGUUAGGAGACAAUACAGCAGACUGGAAACAUCUAAAAUACAACAUUAUUGGCAUGUUGGAAUUUAAUUUAUUUGGUAUACCAUACAAUGGCGCCGACAUAUGCGGCUUCUUUGCAGACACCACCGAAGAAAUGUGUCAGCGAUGGAUGCAACUAGGAGCAUUUAAUCCUUUCUUCAGAAAUCAUAACGGCUACAAGUUCGGAUAUGAAGGGAACGCGUUUCGUGAUCAGGAUCCAGGCGUCUUUUCUGCACCGGCUGUAGCAUCCAAUCGUCGCGCAGUUGAGUUACGCUACACACUCAUACCACAUUUAUACACAUUGUUUCAUCGAGUACAUGUUUCCGGUGGUACAGUUGUGCGUUCAAUGGCUCAUGAAUUUCCAACUAUACCAGACUGUUGGUCACUCGACGAACAGUUUUUAUGGGAUUCGUCACUACUCAUUGCUCCAGUUAUAUACGAGAAUCAUCGUACAAAAUAUGUGUAUCUGCCUCCGAGUGAACGAUGGUAUGACUUUUAUACAGGCGAAGAGAUGAAAACACUUGGCAAUAUCACUGUUCCAGCACCACUUGAUUUUCUCCCCUUAUAUUUACGUGGUGGUGCCAUCAUACCUCAACAGCAAUCGGCAAUGAACACAGUGCAAUCACGUAAAAAUCCACUCUUUUUAACUGUCGCAUUAGAUAACAAUCAAUAUGCGCAAGGAAAUCUUUUCUGGGACGACGGAGAGUCGAUUGAUACAUACGAACACUCCGUUUACAAUGAUUUUGCUUUCAGUUACAAGUCACGACGCUUAUCUAUUGAACCGUGGACAUACAAGUAUCCACAAAUGGGCAAUGACGUGAAAUUGGAAGACAUCAAAAUCUAUGGUAUGGACAGAGCACCAAGUCGAAUUCUGUGGAAUCGACAAGAACUAUCUGCAACAAAUCAGUGGGCAUUUGACAGUGCGAAGAAUGUUCUAACUAUGACUAAGUUAGCAUUGGACGUUACUAAGUCACAUACAUUCGUUUUUCUUUAA